UAUGGAGGGAUAGGUUGGCACAAAAGACCCGCUCUCCCCUAUAUAAGCUGUCAUAAGGCAGAAGCUCCUGUGUGGACCGGCGCAUCUUCAUCCACGCUCUGACCCCACUCUGCAGCAGCCAUGAACUCGGUGCUCAUCCUGCUGGGAGCCGUGCUCUGCUCCCUGACCGUUUCCUCGGAAGUCGUACCUCAGGCAGACUUCAACCUGCAGGAGAUGGCAGGAAAGUGGUAUCUGGUUGGAUUUGCCGCCAACGCUCAGUGGUUUGUCCGCCGCAAAGCGACGAUGAAGAUGGGAACAGCCAUGCUAAAACCAACCGCAGAAGGAGACUUGAGCAUGGCCUACUCUAGUCUCAAUGCUGAUGGCACCUGCUGGAAAAAGGACAGCCUUGCGAAGAAAACAGGCGUACCUGGGAAGUUCGCAUAUACAUGCCAGAGAUGGGGGAGUGUGAAUGACUUGACUGUGGUUGAUGCCAAAUAUGACGAGUACGCCCUGAUCCACACCCUCAAAACAAAAGGAGAUGAUGUCUACAGCGUCACCAAACUCUAUGGCCGCAGUCCUGACCUCGGUGCUGAGGUGAUGGCGAAGUUCAAGCAGAUCUCUUUGGAGAGCGGCAUCCUGCCCGACAACAUCGUUUUCCUUCCCAAAAAUGGGGAGUGCACAGAGGCCUAAUUUUCUGCUCCUGCUCAUCACCCUUCACCUUCUGAACUCCUAAAGCCGCAUUCAUACAGCAAAAAUACAUCUACUCUGCGUGUUACGCUUGGUUUGAAGCUUUCAUUUUCACAUGUUGUGCUGAAGCCUUCCAUCAAAUAAAACAAUUAAAAUAC